AUGGGAGCUGCGGUCUCACGAAUGCGCGGUGACGACAAAAAGGGAAUAUCAGGCCAGAGACAGGUCUUCUACCUGGCAUUCGAAAGGGAGCAUGAGUGCCCUGAUGGCCUGAAUUCAAGCGAUCAGAAUUGGAGAAGACUCUGGGUCUUCCAUCAUCGAAUGCAAUCACGCCAACCACCAAUUCUCAAGUGCACCUAUUCACCCAUCCUAUUUGUAUUUGCCCUGCUGGUGCCGGAGAUAGGUCGCUGGUGCGGAUACUGGAGACAGGUUUCAGACACGUUUUCGGCGUGA